AUGAAUCCUAUCAAUAAAGAAAUCUGCUUUUUCAAUGGAAAGAAACAUUAUCCUGUCCAACAACCUCUUCCUGUCUCACCAGCUAAUGGUUACAGUGACAUGACAAUGGCAAUUUCAAAGAUGCAGGAAUAUGCACUUGCCAACAAUUUUGCACUUGUAACUAGAGAUAGUAAACCAACUCGAGUGUAUUUGAAGUGUGCCAAGGGCGGUCAUUAUAAGAACACACGGAAUAUUGAAGACAGCGAACGCAAGAGAAUUCCAUCUAGUGGAAAGACUGGAUGCCCCUAUCUCUUGAAAAUAUCAUACAAGAAGGCCGCUAAAGGAUAUCUUCUUUUGAAAGCCACCAAUGAGAUUGAAGGCUACCACAAUCACCCUCUUGAUGAUGACUGCCUGGAAUCUACCUUGAAAGGUCGUUUGUCAAAGGUUACUGUCGAUGAUGCUAGGGAAAUUAUGAAGCUUGUUGAGACCAAAACCAAGACUCGUGAGAUCCAAAAGGCGAUCAAUGAAGAGGAUAAUGUCAGCCAUAAGUUGUAUGUGAAUGACAUCAACAAUAUCAAGGCUGCUUUUGCUCUCAAAGCUACUUUUUUAUAUGAGAAGAUUUUUUAUUAUCAUUUUGCCCAAAAACAGGUCGUGCCUCCUAAAGAAGGAGAGGUAUAUGCCUGGAGACAGUUUGAUGAAUGCACAAAGUUUGGGAGCAAUUUAGUGAGCUAA